ACAUGUUUGUAUACAUUCCGAAGCAUUUUCGACGCAGAACAGCGCAAUCGACAUAAAAUCCACAUGUGAAGCAAUUUUUCAUUUUACUUGACGUUUGCCUUUUCGCCUGUCAGCAUUGUGUGGACUUUGAUUAUAGUGCAUUAAAGACUAAUAUAUUAUAUUUUUACAAGAAUAUUGCUCCUAUUUAUUAAAAUGUCACUUGCAUCUGAUGCCGUAUUUGAAAAAAUUAUCGAUGGCCUAAAAGGGAACGAAGCAAAGGCGAAAUCUAUAAAUGGGGUGUUUCUCUACAAAAUCACCAAAGAUGGCAAAGUGGCUAAAGAGUGGACUCUGGAUUGCAAAAACGCUAAAGCAUACGAAGGUCCAGCACAAGGUAUUAAAGUCGACACUACAUUGACAGUGGCCGAUGAAGACAUGGUGGACAUUGCUCUCGGAAAACUGAAUCCUCAAGCCGCUUUUAUGAAAGGCAAACUAAAGAUUUCCGGUAACAUAAUGUUAACACAAAAAUUGGCACCUCUGCUUAAGACAGAGGCCAAGUUGUAAGGACAUUCAAAUGGCGUUUUAUUUCAAAUAAACUACAACAUUCUAUUUAUCAUUUAUUCCAUUGGAAUUCUUAUAUUGGUGUUAUAAAAUUAGUUAAACAUUCGGGAGAUAAGUUCAAUUUUAUACAAUGUAAAGGGCAAAAACAUUGUUUUAUGAGCAUAAUUUAAUGCUGGCGAUUAUAUUGUAUGCAAAAAAUAAAUUUAAAAAAUGCUGAAUUUUUA